CUGUGCUCCGCUGUGUGGUGGGAGUGGGGGAAGCAGUAGGCAGUCAUGGGAUGUAGUAGAGUCACAGUGGGGCCUUACCUGUAGUUUCCAAAAAUUGUAACCUGGAAAUUCACACUCUUCCCCCGGCUCCUGACCAUCAGGAGAUCUUUUGAUUGCAAAAUGCUCCUCCGUUUACUGCAAAGAACAACCUCUGCCAUGUGGGGAAGCUGGGAAAAGAGGAACCUUCCUCUCCACAGUUCGACCUUCUCCUGGAGGAAUAUAGCACUCCUGCUGCUUCUCUCUAUCUCUUUGGAGGAGACGACUUCAUCGCCAGUCAAAAUAGAGAUACGGAAACCAGGAGUAUGCCCCAAAGACAGGGUCAUCUGUGAGACUAAAGUUCCAGACUUCUGCUUAAGUGAUUUGCACUGCCAGGAUUACAUGAAGUGCUGCUCAUUCGCCUGUGAGAAGAAGUGUAUGGAUCCAUUCCAAGAACCCUGCAUGCUACCCUCAGACCAAGGAAGCUGUAACAUUGGGCUCUCGCGCUGGUAUUUUGACUUUAAACAUCGGAUAUGCAAACCGUUUAAAUAUGGAGGCUGCUAUGGGAAUGCCAACAACUUCAUCAGCAGAGGAAACUGCAGAGUGGCUUGCUCAUCAGUUGUCAAGACUGGACAGUGCCCACUCUUCCCCUUCAAGAACCGUAUGGAGUGUCCAGCUUCCUGUAAGGGUGACAUGGAUUGCCCCAAAAGUGACAAAUGUUGUGAAUCCAUGUGUGGCUUUGUUUGUGCCAAGGCCUGGACAGUCAAAUCAGGUUUCUGCCCACGCAAGCCCCUGAUGUGUUCCAAGAUUGAGAGACCCAAGUGCCUGCAGGAUCGUGAUUGCCCAGUGUCCCAGAAGUGCUGUUCACAUUGUGGACUGAAGUGCCUGGAAUCUCAAAAAUGACCAAGCCUCUGAAACAAUGCUGAAAAUAAAGCAAUGUCUACACCCCAGUGGGGCUCGAACUCACUCUCGGAGAUCAAGAGUUGCAUGCUCUGCCAACUGAGCCAGCCAGACACCUCCCAAGAUCUGUAGUAUCUUUAAUAAUAGUUUCAAUAAUAACAUUUUAAUGAUAUCCUCUGUUCCUUGAAAGCUGGACAAAAUUGUGCUCCAAAAGCAUCUAGGUUAGGUUCUUUCUGUAAGAUAUAUCUUUACUAAUUUUCUUUGUGUUUUAUCUUAUACUUGUACAGGCUUUCUACCUCUUCUUCUAUAAAGUUAGGUCUCUUAUGUGUUGCUAAAAUUGAUCCAUUUUCUCUCCACUUUCAAAUGUAUUACUUUAGAGUAAUAUAAAUUAUUUUGUACAUGAUUUUUUAUCUUUAA